AACCAAAACUUUUUAAAAAAUGGAGGAAGAAGACUGGCCAGGACCCAGACAACCUGAGAAAAGUUUGGAAGAGGUAGGACGAGGCCAUGAUGUCACCUGUGCAGAGACCGUCAUGAAGCCUCUGGCUAAGGCAAUACCGUCACUUCAGAAACAGAAACUAGCAGAUGGGCUCCAGCAGGGCUGGGAAGGCCAGUGGCCAGAUUUCUUGACCUGCCCGCCGUUUCCCUAUCCAAGAUGGAAGAAUCGACUCUCCAAGUCAAGGCCUGGCAGUCAAGAACGCCCAUCCUCCUUGGAAGGACUAGAUGAAGAUGAUCGCUGCCCUCGAACAGAAUAUGGUACUCAAACUGGGACGGGCUUAUGUGAGGAGGCUCAUAAGGCCCACGCGAACCUAAACUUUCCUCUGAAGGAGGAGAUUCCGGAGGAAGACCUGAUCCCUGAUCCGGAGAGGCAGCGCAGACGCUUCAGACGGUUCUGCUACCAGCAGGCUGAAGGCCCUCGUGAGGCCGCUAGCCAACUCUCGGAGCUCUGCCACCGGUGGUUGAAACCAGAGGAACAUACCAAGGAGCAGAUCCUGGAGCUGCUGGUCCUGGAACAAUUUGUGAGCAUCCUCCCCGUGGAGAUCCAGAGCUGGGUCCAGGAAAGCAGUCCCGGGACUUGUUCUGAAGCGGUGGCCCUGGCUGAGGACUUCUUAGCAAGACAACCGGAGGAACGCCAGCCGAGCUGUCCAGAGAGAGACCGAGGACGUGAAAGCCGCCGAUCUCCUUGGAAUAUGCCGGGAUCUUUGUGCAACAUGCCUGCUACAAGCCCAGUCUCAGAGCAGUUGCUGUCUGAUGAGACAGAGAAGGGGCCACUAGCCAGUGGUGGCAAAGAAAAGAAUGACCAGGAAAUUUUGUUAGGUAACAAUGACAUAGAGGCAAAAGAAGAUGGAGUCCUUGAGCAGCAAACAUCUUUGGCCAAAGGGACAAUCUUCCCAUUCCAUGACGAGAAAGAAGCCGAGCCUGGAAAUCAGCCGGAACUACAGAGCUUCAGAGAAGACCAUCCAAAGAAGACCCCGCUUUGCCAAGAAGGUGAUGGAAACGUUGUCAAAGAAAACCAAAUCCAGACUAAAUGCAACAGGAAAUGUACAGAGUGCGGACACCUUUGUGAGGUUGAUGACCUUCCUGCCAAUCAGAAAAUGGACCCGGAAGAAUUUUACAUCUGUCCUCAGUGUGGGAAGACCUUCAAGAACGGAGCGCCCCUAGCUUCCAACCAGGGAACUGCGACCAGGGCUAAACCCUAUCCUUGUUCCGAGUGCAGCAAGAGCUUUGGCACCAAGGCAGCCCUCCUGAAGCACAAAGCCACUCACACGGGGGAGAAACCCUAUGCCUGCUCCGAGUGCGGGAAGCGCUUCACGACCAGCUCCAACCUGAUCUACCACAACAUCGUCCACACGGGGGAGAAGCCCCACAAGUGUGCCGACUGCGGCAAAGGCUUCCACUGGAAGUCGUCCUUGAUUACUCACGAGAGGACUCACACGGGGGAGAAGCCGUACGAGUGUCCCGAGUGCGGGAAGAGCUUUGGAAACAGCUCCCAGCUUCUGAGGCACAAGCGGGUGCACACGGGCGAGAAGCCGUACCACUGCUCCGAGUGCGGCCGGAGCUUCAACCAGAUUGCCUCGCUCAUCGCGCACAAGCGAAUCCACACGGGGGAGAAGCCGUACGAAUGCGCCGAAUGCGGGAAGGGUUUUGGGACGCGGACCAACCUGAUGAUGCACCGGAGGGUCCACACGGGAGAGAGGCCGUAUAAGUGCUCUUACUGUGGGCAGAGCUUCAGCCAGAGGACUCACCUCAUCAUCCACGAGAGGACCCACACGGGAGAAAAGCCCUACAGCUGCUCCGAGUGCGGGAAAAGCUUCAACGCCAAAGCGCCCCUGAUCACCCACAAAAGGAUCCACACGGGGGAGAACCUGUAUCAGUGCUUCCAGUGCGGGAAAAGCUUCAGCACCAGCUCCAAUCUCCUGAACCACAACAUCAUCCACACGGGGGAAAAACCCCACAAAUGCUUGGACUGUGGCAAAUGCUUCAAUCGGAAAUCCUCCCUGAUCACUCACCAGAGGACCCACACCGGGGAGAAGCCCUAUGCCUGCUUUGAGUGUGGGAAGCGUUUCAUUUCGAGUUCGGAUCUCACCAAGCACAAGAAAGUUCACCGGGGGAAGCGGGCAGCCUGUCCUGCCAGUUUAGUGUAUAGCCCAACACUUGCAGGAUCAGGGGAUCCGAGACAACACCCUUUUCAGAUUGUCCAGCCAGCAACUAAGAUGGCAUCGUGUCACCUGUGGGGGCCAAAACCCCACGCAAACCAAGGGGAAAGAAACUCUCGUAUUCUCUAUGGGGAAACUGCAAAGAACAUCCUGACAGGGGCAGCUUUACUGCAGAACAAACAGGGACUGGACGUAGGCCUGCAAGAGAGCCAAAAAACUCAACAGCAGAAAGGAUUGCCGAUGGUGCCUUCUCUUUACUCUGUUUGGAGACCAUCACGGUUGUUUGAGUCCGUCUCCGAGGAGGACAUGAUGGCAUUCAAGGCUUCAUAUCGGAUGGUGAAACCGCCCAACCAGUUGUCCAAGGAAGGGCGUAUGAUGGGGAGGCCUAUCUUGCAGGGCCUCAGCAGGGAACCACAGAAAGCCCCCGACAACUUGACAAAAUUGGCGCCUUUAAAAGAGCAGACCUUGACUGAGGUUGACACGGACAGCUUGGAGAUAAAACGCCAACAUUUCCGGCAUUUCUGCUACCAGGAAAUUGAGGGCCCUCGGGCAGUCUUGAACGAACUCCAGGAGCUUUGUCGCCAGUGGCUUCUCCCAGAGAGGCGCUCCAAGGAACAAAUUGUGGAUCUGGUGAUCCUGGAGCAAUUCCUGACCAUCUUGCCACUGGAGAUGCAGAUCUGGGUCUGUAAAAGUAGUCCGGCCACGUGUUCUCAGGCCUUGGCCCUAGCAGAAAAGUUCCUCCUUCGGUUGCAAGAAACAGAGUCUUGUAAACAAAAGGUGCCUGGACUUCUGGAGGAGGAGUUGGUGAAUUCCCCCACGUCUGAACAUAAUCCUUCAGACAGUGUGGAAAGCUGUAUCUCCAUAGAUGAGGAGGAAGAGGAAGCCAUUUUGGAACCUAAGGAGCCUGCACAGGACAGCCAGAAGCAAAACACCCUUCUGCUAGGAAUAUCGGAGCCAAUGGAAUGGGGUAUCCCUUUAGAAAAAAUCACAGGAAAGUUGAUCUCCAAUCCUGAGCUAGAAGAGAUUCACGGGAGCCGCCAGAUGCACUACCCAGGGGAAAGUAUGAAGCAGGAUCGCCGUUUGAGUGAAAAUAAGAGGUGCUGUCAAGAGGCACCUGCCAGUCAGAAGAAAAAAAAGAAGACGACAACAGCCAAGGCAGUUGCUGAAAAUGGCCUUUGUCCAAGCCUGGGUUUCCUUAAGAAUCGGAAGGUACAGACUGAGAAAAUGCAGCGAUGCAACCCUUGUGAGGAACGGUUGUCUAAAAAAUCAAGCUCAGGGACGCAAGAGAAAGUCGGUGCUGGAGAACAGCCGACCGCUAAAGGCUGGGCGCGUGGGAGUGACCUGCCCAAGCGUAACGCCACCCUAAAACGAGACGAAGAGGGACCCGAAAACCGAGAGGUGGUCUGUAAGUGUAAGGCUAAGAGGAAAAGCCCUGAGAGCAGACGCUUGCCUCAGCCCAGCUCUGCUCACUUGGGAGCGCUGCCAAAGGGAGAAAAGGCAGCCAAAGGCACCGCCUGCCGAGAGAGGCUCUCUUGGGAAUCUCCUUUCCUGAGUCUUGAAAAAACUGACCCGGGAGGAAAACCGCACCAGUGCUUUGAGUGCGGCAAGAGUUUUAGCCAGAAAGGCAACCUCAACAUCCACAAGAAAUCCCACACGGGGGAGAAGCCGUACCCCUGCUUGGAGUGUGGGAAGCGCUUCGUGACGAACUCUCGGCUGCUGACCCACAAGCGGGUGCACACGGGCGAGAAGCCAUACAACUGUUCGUACUGCGGCAACAACUUCAGCCAGCUGGCGCACCUGGUUCAGCACCAGCGGAGGCACACUGGGGAGAAGCCGUACAGCUGCCCCUACUGUGGGAAGAGCUUCAGUGUCAAAGCCAACCUGAUCACGCACCAGCGCACCCACACGGGGGAGAAGCCGUACGAGUGCUCCGAGUGCCCCAAGAGUUUCGUUUCCAGUUCUGAUCUUAAAAAACAUAAAAAGGUGCACACUGGACAGAUGUGUACAUGAGUAGACCUAAGAAUAAUCACCCUCAUUCUCCCCUUUAUAGUAGGCGGAGAUCCCCCUGAGUAUUUUUAGUGCACUGUGAAGAUUAAAAUAAUAAAGGCUUCUUUUUAAAAAACAA